AUGCUGAACUCUGAGAAAAGCUCAGGUAAAUUGCUUCGGAAAAAGUCGAGCAGUAGACUUCCGACGUAUGGAAGUAAAAACAAUUUAAAAUCACCGAUCGGCAAUACCGAUCAUACAACUAUUGAUAAAGUUGAUUUUGAUUUCGGAACGGAUAUCACCGAUGAAGAGCUUUAUCAAAAAUUGAAAACUAUUAUUAAGGGAGAGAAUGCAGAAGAAUUACUAAUUCAAAAAAAGAUCUGCGAGAAGAUUGCAACAUCCAUGAAUGAUAAAUUUUCUCCUGAGUAUAUUGAAGAGUGGAAACAAGUUAACUUAUUUCAUUAUCAAAAAUUACAUCAAUUAGGAAGUGAUGUUAAAGAAAAUAUGACCGAUCUAAGCACUUACAUUUAUGACGUUAUGGCUUUUAAAGAUGUCCUAAUUGAAUAUCAGCAAGUACUUCCGUACAAGUUGCUUCAAGAUUUGAUAUUGCUCACUUCAAGGCUGUACAGAAAUCAAUCUGACUUAUUUUGGAACUUGAGCGAAUUUAUGACCUAUGUCUUUCAUCCUGACCAAGGUGUUUGUAAACAGGCCAAAGAUAUUUCCCAGAAAGACCUUAAUUAUGAUUUCUUCUCUAUGAGGCAGUUAAUUUAUCAAUACAUGGAAGUGAAAAAAGAGCUAGAUAUUUCUAACACGCAGCUUGGAGAUCUCCGAAAACACGCCGAGUCAAUUAUCACUAAACGAUUUACCCAGCUGGAGAAAGAAGUCGAAUUUCUAAGAGCAGAAAAUAAGUUCUUGAAAGAAAAUACCAUGAACGUGGAAAAUCAAACAACUAAAAUAUACAAUGAAUUAGUUGAUGCUUUUUUAAAUGGGCAAGAAGCACUCAUUAAGGAAAUAGAGAGUGAUGGCACAUCCACUGACGAGUCAGAAAAUAUCAAAAAUAGCAAGUACAAUGAGGAACUUCGAGAAAUGGGUUUUAAACUAGAUUCUGAACUGAAAAACGCGUAUUCAAAAAUAUUGAGUAUUAAGGAUAUGCUAGACAACACUCUAUCUCAAGCAACUAACCUAAAAGCAAACGAGUCCAAGGCAUAUCAGCAAUUGCAAGCAAUCUCUGUUCAAUUAGGAACGCUCGCAAAAAAAUUCGACGGUAAACUCCAGGAAUCGGUAAUGACCAUUUCAAAAGAAAUAGACAAGGCCCUUGAGAAAAAGCUUAAAGCGGCCAAACGAGAUCUCAUGCAAUGGAAAGCGUUUAACAAGGAUGCUAGCACUAAGAAUAAGAUUAGAGAACUUCUUGUGAAGGUUAGAGAUGAGGUGACAACAUUAAAAGACCAAAAUGAUCAAAAAGAAGACCCUGAUCAGUACCUAAAUGAGUACAUUUUGCAAAUAGACUCUUACCUGAAACAGUUAAUAUUAUUGGCCACACCUAAUGAUUUUGGACGAGUGCCUGAUGAAACAAAGGAGGCCAGGUUAGGAAACAGUGAUAUUAGGAAACCUAUUCGUCAACUCCAACAAGCACUCACCCAGGUUAAAUAUUCAGAAAAAGGAACAAGCAAGAUGACCAAAAAAUUGCAAAGUACCGUUACACUUGCUAUGGAAAAGAGUGACAUUGGCUCUUCAAAUAAGUCAAAGACAACGUCCAAACAUUCUGUGGAGGAUAGUGACGAUGACUCUGAUAGUGACGAGUCUGUAGUCACAGUGGAUUCCAAUGGAGACUCAACGUCCAAAGUAGAAAAAAUCAUUAAGGGAAUUGAAAAAAUUACAGAGGAUAAUAAGUAUGCUGUAAACGUUCAAAAAAAGAUUCAAGAGUUAGAGAAAAAAUACGUAUCAAAAAUCCAAGAGCUUGAGGAAAAGGUAAAAACCUAUGAAGAAACAAAGAAGAAACCUGCUCGCUCUCAAUCAUUCCUAAAAUUGGCUCCCUCAAACUCUGUCGCUAAAGGAUUGGUGGCUGAAAGUAUCAAAGUGCCAGUUUCUGCCACCAAUGCCACAUCACAUGGAUCUAACUUUGAUUUUGACAAGGUAAAAACGCCACUAAGCACGUCUAGCUUGAAUGCCUCUACAACCGUCACGUUUCCUCCUUCACCAGCUCUUCAAACCCCUCAAGCAACCUCUAACCCUAUGAGCGAGGCUAAUAAGGGAGUACAAGAAGCAUCAAAGAAUAGUACAACAGUGGAAUUCCAACAAAAAUACUCAACAGAGGAUGUCAAUUCUCCUGCUCUGACCAAUUCCAAUGUUCAGCAAAGUCUUGAUUUGGCAAAAAAAGCUAAUGUGGACAUUUCACCAGCCGUGUAUAGAGUACCACAACCUGUAGAUUAUGAAAGCUUUGGUGUCAUUCCAUCAAAAGAUCCAUUAAUUACCAAUACCUCUUAUGCUUUCAUUCCCUCGCCUUUGACGUCCAUUAAAAUUCAAAGUUCGAAUGGCCAUGUGACAGAUGAGACGUACAAGAUGGCGAGCAACCCUCUUGUUUCACAACUGUCUGGUGCUAGUUCAGUAACGAUGCAUGAUUCCAUGUACAAUGACAAUAUGAAUGGAGAUGAAAAGCUAAAUGUGACACAAUCUACCAAUCCAGAAGAUCUAAAAGAAUGUAUCCAAACUCAAGCCAUGCAAACUCCUAAUAUACCCUCAAGCACGGUACGGCGAAAAACCUCUGAUGAAGAUGUUGUAAAACCAUCAACCCCACCUCCUCCAACCCAUCCUCCACUGUCUCCAAACCCUUCUGCAAAGAAGCUUAAAACUAAACGAGAAAAGAAGAAAUAUGAUCCGCCCGAAGUCAAAGAAGAGCCAAGUGUUUUUCCAAACGAGUAUGGUAUUACGGCAGAAAGUGUGGCCAUGUUACCUCUGAUAACAUCACUGAUUUUAGACGAUCCUACAAUUGUGCAACAAAUCCAACAACAAACAAAGAAGAAGGAAAAAUCUUCGCUUCCCUAUUUGUAG